CCCCCACACACGUGGCUGCAAAACUUCAUUGUCUUCUUCACACAGCUUUUCUUGUCUUCAUAUUGAGACUCUGUUACCCCUCUGUCAGGUAAAAGCAAUUUCACAAGAUGGUAGAGGCAGCUAAGGAAGUGUGGAGACGUGCUAAUGCGGUGUGUUUUGAUGUGGACAGCACUCUGAUCAUAGAGGAGGGGAUCGAUGCUCUGGCCCAGUACUGUGGUGUUGGGGAGAAGGUGGCAGAGUGGACUCGUAAAGCUAUGGGUGGGUCAGUGACGUUCCAAGAAGCACUGAGAGCACGGCUAGGUCUCAUAAAGCCGUCACGAGAGCAAGUGGAGGCUAUAAAGAAAGAAAAGAACCCCAAAGAUAUCCUCACCCCAGGAAUCGAGCAGUUGGUUGGUUUGCUCCACUCUCGAGGGACGAUAGUGUACCUGGUGUCCGGAGGGUUCCACUGUAUGAUAGACCCACUGGCUGACUACCUCAACAUACCCAGAGAGAAUGUGUUUGCCAAUAGAAUACUCUUCAACGAUAAAGGAGAUUACGCUGGAUUUGAUGAAGAGCAGCCGACUAGUAGAACUGGAGGCAAGCCGAAGGUGGUGGGUCAGAUCAAGGAGAAAUACAAGAUUGUGGUGAUGAUAGGAGAUGGAGCUACAGAUAUGGAAGCCUGUCCACCAGCUGAUACAUUCAUUGGUUUUGGAGGCAAUGUGGUGAGAGAGAAGGUGAAGGCAGGUGCCCCGUGGUUCAUCUACUCCAUCACUGACCUCAUCACUGAGUUACAGCUGUGAACUGCAGAUCGCUAUAUAAUAGUUUUAUAGUUUUAUAACUCUAUAAUGCUUUUAUAGUGUGCAUAAUAUAUAAAUUUACAUGACGUUAAAUCAG